AUGCAAUCUGAUUUCAACUCUUCUGUCUUUCGAGCCGAAGCCUUGGGGCGUCCUUCUCCCGCGAAUGAACGGCCCGCAGACCUCCGCCACAAAAAUGCGUUGUCAGAGCGGAUACGUAAUGCCUCACAGAAUGACAUGCUUAUGGUCUCAACUCUUGCGUACGCCUCAGGGGCAAUUGGAUGGCGAUAUGGCGUUUGCCAUGAAGAACUGCCACCCGAGUAUCUCAUCCAACAGACUUAUCGAAGUAUCAGAAAACACUUGCAGCAAUCGGGAGAAGUAGAAGAAAAGCUUCUCUGGUCGAUUUAUGGGCUAGCUGCUGCAGAGAUGUGGGUGCUCAAUUUCGAUGCUGCCGCCACGCAUAUGAGAGCCAUUCAAGUUCUCAUAUCACAGCUCGGAGGGAUUACAAAACUAACGCCGUUAUUUCUGGAAAGCAUAAUUCUUGGGGGAAAGUUUCUUGCAAUUUUCACUAUGGCAGCACCGAUCCCCUUGGCAGACUUCGAGCCAGACGGAUUGCCUGAAGGUUGGCCACCCCAAUCAAUCUUCUCUACAGCCCUACCACCAGAAUUGCGAAACCUUGGCACGAGCUUUUUCGCUGCUGGAGACUUGUCCGCCCUAGACGACUGGUACAGAGACAUCCUUGUCGACCUGGUAGCGUGUGUACAAAUAAGUCACUACGUUUCGGGACGCCCGAAUCAAAGCCUGGAGCUUGUACAUGAACGAUGGCUGUACCUUAAGGUCCAAGCAUUAAAUUAUCGCCUCUUGGCUCGGACUGAACUGAUUGGCAUGCAAGAGGCUGUGAGAAUCGCCACCCUGCUAUGGGUACUGAGUAUCACUGAUUAUGUUGGAGCGGGACUGACUGCCCUAUUCUUGCUGCCCAAGCUCCAAGCAGCCUUAAAGACGGCCCAGUUUAAAGAACCAUCUUCAUCGCGGUCACUUCCUGGCUUGUAUUUCUGGAUGAGCAGUCUUGGCGCUCUUGUUGCGCUGUCUGCAGCAAAGCAGAUCUUGAUCAGCUCAUCCAGCCCAAGAGAUGCUCUCUACAGCCAACAAUUCAACUUCUUUAGCCUUCACGCAGCUCAAACCGCGCAUCUUAUUGGACUCGAGACCAAGUCUGACGUGUAUCGCACCUUUCUCCAGACAUAUCUAUACUUGGAUGUUAAUGGUGGGCCUGGAGGAGACGAUUUGAAAUAUCUUGUCGAGACUGUCUCAAGAAUCGACCAAGAUUCUCUGCUAGGUAUCCAUACGGUAGAAUACACACAUAUAUAA